AAAAAAAAGAGAGAGAAAAAAAGAACAAUAAAAAUGAAAUAAUGUGUAUGACCUUGAAACAUAUAACAAAUGUUAAAUAAAAUAUGUUUACCUUUUUUUUAUUUUUAAAUUAAAAAAAGAAUAAGCAGAUCAACCUUGCAGAAUAGGCAAGUGGAAACAAACGGGGGAGCGGGAGUUUAGUCAAAAUCCUGCGAGUCAGAAUAAUAUUUCGGAGUUGCAGCGGUUAAAAGAAAACGCCAUAAGCGUAAUAAUAUUUGUUUAAUACCUGGUACGAUGUUUGUUGUUGGUUGAUGAUUAAGUGACACGUAAUAUUAAUAUUUGGUUGUUAUCACUACCAAGGACACAAAUGUAUUCAAAACAUAGUCAUCACAUGGUGAUUACUGUUUGGUUGCCCAGUGAGCAAGUCGUGAAUAGUUUAAAGUUAAUCACACUAUUACCAAUAAGAGUAAAAGAAAACAAGGCGAACGGUUCUUCCCGCUUAUUCGGUAACUUGGCGAACAACUUAAACUUAAAUGUCAAAAGAAUUGCGUUCAAUUACAGACAAUAUAUCACGAGCCACAUGCAUGUGAUGGCGUAUGCCAUUUAUCCUGGCUAUAUACUUUUAGCUAUACAAAUAUAUUUUAUGUUGGAUAUUGGCAUCACAUUUACAUUUGACUAA